AUGUUAACUAAAUUUGAAUCGAAAUCAGCACGUGUGAAAGGUUUAAGCUUUCACAGUAAACGUCCAUGGAUUUUAGCAUCACUUCAUUCAGGUAUAAUUCAAUUAUGGGAUUAUCGUAUGAAAACAUUAAUUGAUAAAUUUGAUGAACAUGAUGGUCCUGUACGUGGUAUACAUUUUCAUAAUGCACAACCAUUAUUUGUUAGUGGUGGAGAUGAUUAUAAAAUAAAAGUUUGGAAUUAUAAAACACGUAAAUGUUUAUUUACAUUAUUGGGUCAUCUUGAUUAUAUUCGUACAACAUUUUUUCAUCAUGAAUAUCCAUGGAUUAUAUCAGCAAGUGAUGAUCAAACAAUUCGUAUAUGGAAUUGGCAAUCAAGACAAUGUGUUUGUGUUAUGACAGGACAUAAUCAUUAUGUUAUGUGUGCACAAUUUCAUCCAACUGAUGAUCUUGUUGUAUCAGCAUCACUUGAUCAAACUGUUAGAGUUUGGGAUAUUUCUGGUUUAAGAAAAAAAAAUGUUUAUUCAUCACCAGAUACAAUUCAAUCACAAAUUCAACGUACUACAGGAACACCAGAUUUAUUUGGACAAGCUGAUGCGAUAGUAAAACAUGUAUUAGAAGGACAUGAUCGUGGUGUUAAUUGGGCAACAUUUCAUCCAACAUUACCAUUAAUUGUAACAGCAGCUGAUGAUCGUGUUGUUAAAUUAUGGCGUAUGAAUGAAAAUAAAGCUUGGGAAGUUGAUACAUGUCGUGGACAUUAUAAUAAUGUAUCAUGUGUUAUUUUUCAUGCAAGACAAGAUUUAAUUUUAUCAAAUGGUGAAGAUAAAUCAAUUCGAGUUUGGGAUAUGACUAAACGGUUUGGUUUAUUUUAA